AUGAGGGAAUUCGACAUGAUAGAUUUGGGAUGUAUGAAUUAUUUCUUGGGUAUUGAAGUUUUACAAAAGAAAGAAGGGAUAUUUAUCUAUCAAAAAGGGUUGAAGAUUCACAAUGAUGCAGAGGGAGUACCUGUGGAUGAGACUUACUACAAACAAAUUGUAGGAAGUUUUAUGUACCUCACCUCCACGAGGCCUGAUCUAAUGUAUGCUACAAGUUUGCUAAGUAGGUAUAUGGCUAAGCCACUAUGCUUCAUCUGCAAAUUGCAAAAAAAGGUCCUUAGAUACCUAAAAGGAACGAUGAAUCUGGGAAUUUUCUACAAGAAAGAGAGUCAACCGGAGGAACUUGAAACCUACACUGACAUCGAUUAUGUCAGUGAUAGUGACGAUCGAAAAAGUACUAGUGGAUAUGCAUUUCUACUCAGUUCAGGAGUUGUAGCUUGGAGUUCGAAGAAACAACCUAUUGUGAUAUUAUCUACUACCGAAGCAGAAUUUGUGGCAACGACUGUAUGUGUUUGUCAAGCCAUUUGGAUAAAGAGGAUACUCAAGGUGAUGAUCUAUGAAAGAAAGAGUUGUACAAACAUAAAAUGUGACAGCAGUUCCACAAGUCAAGUUAUCCAGAAAUCCAGUUAUGUAUGGUCGCAGCAAGCAUAUCGAUGUUCAUUUUCACUUCUUAAGGGAUUUAUCAGAAUAAGGAACUAUCUCAUUAGUUCACUGUGCAAGUGCUGA